AGCCAUGCAGUCCUUCUGAGUCAUUCGCAUGCACUGGAUGGGUAAGGCUUCCUGCUUCCUGGGACACAGAAGUGGGGUCAUGAUUCUAACAAUGGAUGCUGAUUUUGACAAAGGAAACUCAGUUAGAUUUAAACCUUCACGAUUGCUCCACAGGAAGAGAGCUUUAAGUUUUCAGAAGGAGUUCUCAUUUGAAGAUAAAGAGGAACUUGCCAACAGCACAAAGGAUAUUGAUGCUAACCUCUUAGCAGUACUUCCAAAAGUUUCAGAAUUAAGAAAACUGUUUGAACCAAACAACCAAGAUUUUUUGGAAAUGAAAAGAAAGGAGAGAAUAGCUAGACGCUUAGAGGGAAUCGAAAAUGAGACGCAACCUAUGCUUCUACAGAACUGCCCGGGGUCAGUCACACACCGUUUACUAGAAGAAGAUACACCAAGGUAUAUGCGUGCAACUGAUCCAUACAGUCAUCACUUAGGAAGAUCAAAUGAAGAGGAGGAAACUUCAGAUUCUUCUGUAGGGAAACAACCCAGAUCAUCCAGAUACCGCACAGAAACCACAGGAGGAAAUACAGAGUCUUUGUACAGUACAGGAAACAUGGAUACCCAUGAACUAGAGUCUAAAGCAGAAAGAAUAGCUAGGUACAAAGCAGAGAGACGGCGCCAGCUGGCAGAAAAGUAUGGAUUAUCUCUUGAUUCUGAUUUGGAUUCUGACUACUCAUCCAGAUAUUCCCGGGCAAGAAGAGAUCCUGACAGUGUGGAUAGAAAGGGAUUGAGAAGUGAAAGGCAUGAUGAUGAAAACAAGGAUUCUGGCUCCUUGUAUUUGUCCAGGACUGAGGUGAAGGAGUCAAAGAGUGUGAUUUCUGAAUCCAGGGAGUACUCUAGCCGUGAAAAAGAUGGUAUUCCAGCUAAAGAAGAGCUUUCAAAUGAAAAGAGUGAUAAAAGAGCAGAUGAUGAGAGUGCCAUUAGACAGGCUUCUGACCCUUCAGCAACACUGGAUAGUUCUGUCUCACUUACACUUUCUGGACGAGAGUCUUCCUCCUGUAAUGAAGUGCCAAUAUCACCAAAGCAAACCCCCCGAGAGUCUCUUUCUUCACCGAAGCGGGCAGCCUCACCAAUCCAUCUGCAGAAUGACCAGCCCUUGCACAGUAACAUCAGACAAAGAGUAAAAGUUAGAGAGAAACUGGUGAAAGAGGAAAGCGCGCGUGGAAGCCCUGAACCUGUCACAGACAGUGUAUCUCAGAGAAAAUCCCAGCCAGUGCCAGCCCACUACAUGCCUCUUCAGACAGAAGCAUCUGCCUUUGACAGGGUUCUCAAUCAGCCCGUCAGCACAGUGCGCCAACCAAUACAUGGCUAUAUUCAGCCCGCUGGCGUUGCACACACAGCUCAGCUGAUGGCAACAGAAGAACCAGAAAACAUCUUUGUUGGCCGCCGCCUCCUUCCAGACAGUGUCAGCCCCUUAACAAAAUCAGCAGCAGCCACUGCACCAGAGGGUGAAAAGAAAGAGGCGCUGGCUUAUGGAGCAAAGCCUGGCGAAGAAGAAUCCCCAGAGGGCGAGCAGGCUUCCAAAGGCAGAAGGCCAAUUUUGCCAUCUGAGAUUCGCAAACAAGGGAAGGGCCACGAAGGCCUCUUUGGAGGAGAAGACCUGGAUACUGGUGUGGGGAGCCCAUCUGCUAGCAAGCCGAAGGUCGGUUCAGAUGUUCAGCAGGAGCAGGAGUGCAGAAAGAAGCAGGUGCCUGAGCAGCAGCUGAAGACACCUGAGAACAUGGAGAGGAGUGAAGCUGUCAUGUACAUACAGAGCGGGUCUGUAUCGCAGCCAGCGCAGGCAAAAGGCCCUGUUUGGAAGGUGUCAAAGCAUAAAGUCCUGACUCGCUCAAUGUCUGACUAUACUGUGCCUCCUAAGCUAGAAGCUUUUCAUAGUAAGAGCAUGGAAGCAAAUGCAGCAAAUGGUGAGAUUGGCAUGGUUGACACAAAGGUCUCUGUUGCCCAGCUCCGUAAUGUCUUUCUGGAAACUGCUCAUGCCAGCAAGAAAACGGACCUUGAAUCUCGGUUUGAGGUGUCAACGUCAGGCAGCGCUUUGCCUGCUGGUGGUGACCGUGAAAGAGGGCCACGAAGGCCGAGGCGCUAUUUCACUCCUGGUGAAAAUAGAAAGACUUCUGAGCGAUUUAAAACCCAACCUAUAACAUCAGCAGAACGAAAGGAGAUGGAUAGGUCUGUUUUGUGUGCAGAAAUACCAACUGCUGACGAUGAAGAAAAAUUAGAUGACCGAGCCAAACUAAGUGUAGCUGCAAAGAGGCUGCUUUUUAGAGAAAUGGAAAAAUCUUUCGAAAUGAAGAAUAUUCCUAAACCACCUACGAGAAGCUCAGCAGUAGAGAGAAGAAUGCGGCGUUUGCAGGACAGAUCACACACACAGCCAAUUACCAGUGAGGAAGUGGUCAUUGCAGCUACUGAAACUACCCCUGCUUCACGUUCUGUGAAUACCCACACAGUAGUGACAAGAUUACCUAGUCCCACUGUAGUUAAGAGCACUGUACAACCUACCAGCUUGCAGGCAUCAGCACACCAAAAAAUAUUAGCUAAAGAGGAGAUAAGAGCAGCCAAAGAGGCAGUGGGGCAAGAUCAAUCCGAUGAACCAGAUUCUUCUACAUUAAGCUUGGCAGAAAAGAUGGCUUUGUUUAACAAACUGUCUCAGCCAGUAUCCAGGGCUAUAUCCACAAGGAGUCGAGGAGAUAUUAGGCACAGGAGGAUGAAUGCUCGUUACCAGACCCAGCCAGUCACUCUUGGAGAAGUUGAGCAGGUUCAAAAUGAAAGUGGAAAACUUACUCCCCUGUCAAGUACAGUUUCAACAUCAGUUUCAGCAAUGGCUUCUGCCCUUUCUGCACUGUUUGCUGGAGACGUGCAUGCGAAGCCACGUAGUGAUGGAAGUGUGAGUGCUGCCACAAAAGAUGAUUUGAGAUUCCACACUUCAGCGGAAAGUCCAGACUCAUCAGGAAAACGCACACAAAAGUCAGAUCAGUGGCAGCCCUCAAUGGAAGUGCUAGAAAGCAAAAGAGCAUCAAAGAAGCAUGAUGAAGAGGGAAAGAGGUUUCUAGCACAUGAGGCUAAUGAAAUUAGAAAGUAUAGCUCCUUUGAGGAUGAAACCACACAUCCUGUUCUUGAAAAAACAGGAGACUACCAUAAAGAAGCAGCCUACAGCUUCCUGAGGAAGGGCAGCAUGGAACUGUUUAGUUCACAACCACUUUUUCAGCCUCUUGAAAGGAAGGAAAUUGAUACCAUCAUGCAAGACCAUGUUGAGCCUACUUCUGAACUCACCAGCACACCAGCAACGAGGACGCUUUCACAGAGUGCAGCUGUGGCAUCCUGCAGGCUACAGGAGCUGUCUGAACAACUGGAGGGGAAAAUCUACAAGAAUUCCUGUGAGAUGUUUUCUGCUGGAGAGAACAAAAUGCAGGCAACUGAGGAUGCCCUUGAUAGUUCCAGCAAAACAAUGUCAAUUAAGGAAAGGUUGGCAUUGCUGAAGAAGAGUGGUGAAGAAGAUUGGAAGAGCAGGCUCGGUAAAAAGCAGGAGUAUGCAAAAAUGUCUGCCACUGAUCGUAGUGCACAGAUGCAAGAAGUUGAACAGCUGUUGAAGAAGCAGAGGAUAGCAGAUAAUCAGGAGACUCAAAUGACUAUAGAAGAAAGAAAACACCUGAUCACAGCUCGAGAAGAAGCCUGGAAGUCCAGGGGAAAAGGCGCAGCGAAUGACUCCACGCAGUUCACUGUAGCUGGUCGAAUGGUAAAAAAAGGUCUAGCUUCUCCAAGUGCACUAACACCAGUAGCAUCCCCUUAUGGUAACAGGCAGAAGUCUACCACUCCAGUUACAAAGCCUUUGGAAGAAAUUGAAGCUAGGCCUGAUAUGCAAUUGGAAUCAGAUAUGAAGCUUGACAAGCUGGAGUCGUUCUUGGGAAGGCUGAAUAACAAAGUUGCUGGAAUGCAAGAGACAGUGCUGACAGUUACAGGAAAAUCUGUGAAAGAAGUGAUGAAGUUGGAUGAUGAUGAAACAUUUUCCAAAUUUUACCGCCAUGUGGAUUUCCCUUCCUCCUCAGUGCCUUUGGACCUUGAUGAGGACUUUGAUGCCAUCUUUGAUCCUUAUGCACCAAAGUUAAUAUCCUCUGUAGCAGAGCACAAACGUGCAGUGAGGCCUAUGCGCAGGGUUCAGUCCUCCAGAAACCCCCUGAAAAUGCUGGCAGCAAGAGAAGAUAUUCUUCAUGAGUACACUGAACAAAGACUGAAUGUUGCCUUCAUGGAGUCAAAGCGAAUGAAAGUAGAAAAAAUGUCUGCAAACUCAAAUUUCUCAGAAGUAGCACUUGCUGGUUUGGCAAGCAAGGAGAACUUCAGCAACGUUAGUCUGCGGAGUGUUAACCUAACAGAGCAAAAUUCUAACAACAGUGCUGUGCCAUACAAGAAGUUAAUGCUGCUGCAAAUUAAAGGAAGAAGACAUGUUCAAACAAGAUUAGUUGAACCAAGGGCCUCAUCACUGAACAGUGGAGACUGUUUCCUAUUGUUAACUCCCCAUCUCUGUUUCUUAUGGGUAGGAGAGUUUGCAAAUGUCAUAGAAAAAGCAAAGGCUUCAGAACUUGCAACUUUGAUUCAGACAAAGAGGGAACUUGGCUGUAGAGCUUCUUAUAUACAGACUAUAGAAGAAGGAAUAAACACCCAUACCCAUGCAGCCAAAGACUUCUGGAAACUCCUCGGUGGCCAAGCAAAUUACCAGUCUGCUGGAAGACCUGAAGAGGAUGAAAUGUAUGAAGCUGCCAUAAUAGAAACUAAUUGCAUUUACCGUCUUGUAGAAGAUAAACUCAUUCCUGAAGAUGACUACUGGGGAAAGAUGCCAAAAUGUACCCUGCUACAACCAAAAGAGGUGCUCGUAUUUGAUUUUGGCAGUGAAGUGUAUGUCUGGCAUGGAAAGGAAGUUACUUUAGCACAAAGAAAAGUAGCAUUCCAGCUGGCAAAACACUUGUGGAAUGGCACCUUCGACUACUCAAAUUGUGACAUAAAUCCUCUGGACCCAGGAGAAUGCAAUCCCCUCAUACCCAGAAAGGGACAAGGACGUCCAGAUUGGGCUGUGUUUGGCAGGCUCACAGAACAUAAUGAGACCAUACUGUUCAAAGAAAAAUUCCUUGAUUGGACAGAGCUGAAGAAACUCAAUGAGAAGAAUUCUAGUGAAUCCCUUCACCAGAAGGAAGAAUCCAAAUCUGAUUCUAAACCAUAUGAUGUCAUGCUAAUGGUGCCUGUGCCUCAAACUGCUGUAGGCACAGUUCUGGAUGGAAUGAAUAUUGGCCGGGGCUAUGGACUUGUAGAAGGAGAAGAUGGGAGGCAGUUUGAAAUUAUCACUGCGUCUGUGGAUGUCUGGCACAUCCUGGAGUUUGAUUAUAGUAGACUGCCUAAACAAAGCAUAGGACAGUUCCAUGAGGGAGACACAUACGUGGUGAAGUGGAAGUACAUGGUGAGCACUACAGUUGGAAGCAGACAAAAAGGAGAGCAACAAGUAAGAGCGGUUGGAAAAGAGAAAUGUGUGUAUUUCUUUUGGCAAGGAAGGCACUCCACAGUGAGUGAGAAAGGGACAUCGGCACUGAUGACAGUGGAACUUGAUGAGGAGCGAGGAGCACAGGUACAAGUGCUUCAAGGGAAAGAACCACCCUGCUUCCUGCAGUGCUUCCAAGGAGGGAUGAUUGUGCAUGCUGGAAGAAGGGAAGAGGAAGAAGAAAAUGCACAAAGUGACUGGAGACUAUAUUGCGUGCGAGGAGAAGUUCCCAAUGAAGGAAACUUACUUGAAGUAGCAUGUCACUGCAGCAGCCUGCGUUCCCGGACAUCCAUGAUUGUCCUCAAUAUAAAUAAAGCUCUUAUCUACCUGUGGCAUGGCUGCAAAGCACAAUCUCACACCAAGGAUGUAGGAAGAACAGCAGCCAAUAAAAUAAAAGAACAAUGUCCGCUGGAAGCAGGGCUGCACAGCAGCAGCAAGGUGACAAUACAUGAAUGUGAUGAAGGGUCAGAGCCUUUGGGAUUCUGGGAUGCAUUAGGAAGGCGAGAUCGAAAGGCCUAUGAUUGCAUGUUGCAAGAUCCAGGAAAGUUUAAUUUUACCCCCCGCCUGUUCAGCCUCAGUAGUUCUUCGGGAGAAUUCUCAGCCACUGAGUUUGUUUACCCUUCAAGAGACCCUGCUGUCAUCAAUUCUAUGCCCUUCUUGCAAGAGGAUCUUUACACUGCCCCACAGCCAGCACUGUUCCUUGUUGACAAUCACCAUGAAGUGUACCUGUGGCAAGGCUGGUGGCCUGUGGAAAACAAAAUUGCUGGAUCCGCUCGAAUCAGAUGGGCUACAGACAGGAAAUGCGCCAUGGAGACAGUGCUCCAGUACUGCAAAGGAAAAAAUGUAAAGAAGCCCCCAAAGUCCUAUCUCAUUCAUGCCGGCCUAGAGCCUCUGACCUUCACUAAUAUGUUCCCAAGUUGGGAACACAGGGAAGACAUUGCAGAGAUCACAGAAAUGGAUGCUGAUGUUUCUAAUCAGAUAAUCCUUGUAGAAGAUGUGCUGGCCAAGCUGUGUAAAACUGUGUAUCCCCUAGCUGAUCUCUUAGCCAGGCCUUUACCUGAGGGAGUUGAUCCUCUGAAGCUUGAAAUUUAUCUUUCGGAUGAGGACUUUGAGGUUGCAUUAGAGAUGACAAGAGAAGAGUACAACGCACUGCCAUCAUGGAAACAGGUUAAUCUGAAAAAGGCAAAAGGACUUUUUUAAGCUGUAUCUAUUGGAUUGAGCACCAAAGGGAUGUCCGUUAUCACUUUCUGUGCCCUUUAGCAAAUCUGUGCUCCACAUUUACAAAAUAGAGAUAAUCUGAAAUUAUUAGUGACUACCUAUCUGGAGGUGUGUAAUAUUUUAAAAGGCCAAGAGAACUCUUUGGAAGUGGAAUUCAAAUUUGACUUUGAAGGUUAUGUUUAAGCUCAGCUCUCCUAUGCACUUAAACAGUAGUUUCUUGAGCUACUGCUGUAGCUGUCCUUUGGCUAUCUCCAAUACUUGCCAUUUUUGUUUUUGAAGAAGUUCUCUUUGUAAAGUGUUAUUUUGUUAGUUUGUGGAUUACAAAGAAUUUAUAUUUAUAUAAACACAUAGAACAAGUAUGUAUUUAACAAUGCAAUAUAUAUUCACUUUCAAGACUUCAAUGUCAGAACUACAGAACAGUAGCUGGAUGGCAGUUGCUUGUACUGAAUUAGCUAAACCACCAAUAUGUAUCUCCUGCGCAUUCUGAAAAGUUUCUCUUUGCAAUAGGCAAUGAAUUGUUCUCAGUGCUGCUUCAGGUGCUAAACUGAACAAAGCGUUUGUAUUUAUAGCAUGGAUUUCUUGAGAAACUAUGCGAAUCAACCUUUAUACUUUAAUAUCCAAAAAUGUAUAGUGCCUUGUUUUUUGUGUACAGUUUAUAUACAAAAAAAGAUUGGUCUGCAUUUUGAAGAUGGCUCAGAAUGGUCUCCUCUGUUACUUUUAUAAUAGUAGAAAUAAAAACAUCUCAGUUUCUAAUACUUGUUGUAAACAUGUAAACAUGUCUUUUGUGAUAUAAGAACUGAAAGUAAAAGCUUCCGAAUAAACUCUUAGCAAUGCUCUGACUUGUCAUUAUUUUGUACUGUAAACUGUACAAAUUCAUUGGAAUCUCUCAUAAUGUGGUAUCUUAUCAAAAUAUUUUAACCUUACAAAUCUGCAGGUGUUGUACAGUUAUCAUUGGAGAAGCAGAGAAUGUAGAAGAAAAACAUUGUAUAAGAUAAAAUUAGUUUGUAUGACACUUCCAUGCUGCAUGUUGGAACCAUCACACAAUUCCUGUAUCCUUCUGGUUGUGGUUUUCUACAUGAAACCAAAAUUAUUAUACUGAUUUUCAAACUCUGAAAACCUUUUCAACCUUUGUGCAAUUGGGAGUAAAACUUGAACUGAAAAAAAGA